GUAGUCGUCCCACUUUCAACUAACGUGUGCAUGUGACACGUUGUGAAAACCUUUUUUACUAUCAAGUCAAAUGGGUCUUUGAAACAUUUUUUUUUGUUAUACGAUACUAACUACGGAUAACUGAUACUGUGGUUUUAAAUACUAACCUGUUGAAUUUGCAUUACGUUGAACUUAAAGAUCGCGAUACAUCUUAUUUACCAGCUUCGAGUAACACAAGUUGUCAUUGAUUACUGAGGAUCGUUAUUUUACAUUUCUGCGCUGACAAGGACAUACGUGUAGCCAUAUUCUUGAUCUGAUAAUAAUUAUUAGAUUAUUGAAACCAAACCAGAGAGACCCUGGAACAGGUUUCACAAGUGCAGAAUGGAGCCAUCCGAGGUGAAGAUAGGGUUUAUUGGUGCAGGAAAUAUGGCCUUUGGCAUUACUAAGGGGAUCUUACUUUCAGGGGGCGUCCUACCCAGGAACGUGACGGUGAGCGCUCCCUCCUCCAACAACCUCGGACGCUUUCAGGAGCUGGGUGCAGCCGUGACCCACUCUAACACGGAGGCAGUAGCUGCCUCGCGCCUCAUCUUCCUGGCUGUGAAGCCCCACCUGGUCCCGGCGAUCCUGCGUGAGGUCGCCCCUCACGUUACCCGCGAGCACGUUGUCGUCUCUGUGGCUGCGGGCGUAACCAUAGCAACACUGGAGGAACUCCUCCCUCCCGAGUCUGUUGUCCUUCGCCUUAUGCCCAACCUCCCCUGCAUGGUCCAGGAAGGGGCCUUACUCUUCUCGCGGGGCUCCAGGGCAGGGCCCGGUGAGGGAGCGCUGCUGAAGACGCUGCUGGGGCCCUGCGGCCUGGUGGAGGAGGGGCCCGAAUCCUGGAUCGAUGCCCACACCGGGCUGAGUGGCAGCGGCGUGGCCUUUGUGUACCUGUUUGCAGAGGCGCUCGCUGAUGGCGGGGUGAAGAUGGGCAUGCCCAGCGCGCUGGCCCAGCGCAUCGCAGCACAGACCGUCCUGGGAGCCGGCCGGCUUCUGAGGGACUCCGGAAGGCACCCGGCCCAGCUGCGCUCUGACGUCUGCACACCAGGGGGCACCACCAUCUAUGGACUGCAUGCCCUGGAGCUGGGGGGACUCCGGGCUGCGGUGAUGGGGGCCGUGGAGGCGGCUACAGAGAGGGCCAGGGAGCUGGGCAGGAAGUGAGCUCACGAAGACACGGCGGAAGUCCUGGUGAUGCGGCGGCGUUGGCAUGGUGACGAGAUGGAACACAUCCGGCAUGUUAAUAGGUGCUGGAACCCCUUAAUCUCCAUGACAACACAAUGUGGAUUGAUGUGAAUUAGUACAUUAGCUUAAUGUGAUUACUUCCCGAAUUUUUUUUUAUGAUGAUGACUGUAAGCUAACUGUCUGAGUAUCUGUGAGCGUUUCACAAUCCUGGAAAGAAAAUUUGACUUUAAAGAU